GUGUCUCACUACAAAAGAAAGUCAAAGCAACAAAAAUGCAUAAUCACAUUGUGGAAGUGGGAAAUUUUAUUUUUCUCUUUAAUUCUCAGAAAUACUAUCACCAAUUGAGGCAUUAUUGAACGAAAUGCUUGGGUUUCAAGUGAUACGAAAAAUGUCGUAGAAAAAAAGAGAAAGUCAAAGCGAAGUAAACAUGCCUGCCACAAUGUUCUAGAUUAUUCUCUCAUCCUGUGGAAUAAAGCAGGGAAGUGAUAAGAAGUUUCUCUACGAAUCCAAUUGCAUUCAUUAAGUCUGUUUUUUUUUGUUUACGACUAAAUUCUAAUGACUCACAAAUAAUAAGGAGAUUGGUACAGAAAGGCUCCGAAAUUUCGGCUAUUAAAAUGAGUGAAAAACAAUCAGCUGGCAUGAACUUGUUACGCGUAAGAAAUAUAUACGUCCACAACAAAUAUACAAUCAUAUGUUUUGUAUCGUAUACACACACAAUAUACAAUCAUAAGGGAAUACAAAGUCAUUCUCAACCAAUACAACGGCACACAGAAGUGCUCAUCCAAACAAAACCAACUCACGAAAGAGAUCGUACGUAAACCGUCAUGAAGAGAGAUUGUGCAUUGAAAAAUCGUCAGCGCUCGUCGUGUUCGUAUAAAUACGACCGGCUCAAUGCGUUCAAUAGUUCAGUAUUUGUUUAACAUUGAAAGCGAACAGAACGACGUACAGCGACUAACAUCACUGUGCCUAAAACGUAAACGAAAAAUAAAACUAAGCGAAGAAAGAAAAGAGAAUAUCAUAACAAAAACACAAAAAGUUUUCGGAGAAACAACAACAGCAACAAAAGAGCGUAUUGAGAAAGCGAUAGAUUUUUUUUUCGUGGGAAUUUUCCAUUUGAGACAAUUCUGCAUAAGGUUUGUGUUUCAUGCAAAUUAGUGGAAAAUGAGGCGCAUUUUAGCAUUUCUAGCGGUCACUUUAUUGGUCUGUUCGGCAUUUGGAUUGGAGUUCGAAGAUGAGCGUCAUGAUUUGAAUUACGGCUGGCGCGAGCCAGAAGAUCAUUUUGGAUUAUUUGGACGCCGAAACGCGUAUCCGACAAGAACGGCCACACGACGAGAAGAUGUCGACAGUAGCGAAGAAGAUAAAGACAGUUCUGAGUCGCCAUUAGAUUUGGACGUUGUCUCUGGAACAAUUGGCAAUUCAAAGCCAAGCAUCGGAAGCGGUAGUGAUUCGGGUGUUCCGUUCAAUCGGCCAAUCGAUCCAUUCUUCAGUCCAUUCUUUAACGUCUUCAAUUUGGGCUUCCCAGGUUUUGGUGUUCCACAAUCGAUCCCAUGGUGGCGAGGACCAAAUGUGUGCACCGAACGUAAAGAAGAACUUAGCGAUUGGAAUUCACCAGCCUCAUCGAGCGAAAAGGAGGAGGAGGAAAGUGAAGUUCGUGAAUCAACAUCGACAACAAUUAAUGGCGGAUUCCACUUCAGUUUCAACACAUGCGUUGAAAAGACCAACAAACGCACUUGCAAGACUGUUGUCGAUGAAAAUGGUCGCAAAAAGACAACGUCUGUGACUCAAGCAUGUUGCCGUGGCUUUGGGCGCAAGAAGAAUUCGCAAUCAGCAAACAUCUUUAUGCCAUGUGAAGAGCUUCACCUACGCUCGUUGAUGGAAACAUCCGAACGAUUGAAUGGACGUGAAUUUAUUCGUAGUGCCCAAAAGAACGAUAUCGAUAAUGAACUCCGCAAGAAUAUCACACUCUUCUUGCCAACCGAUGCCACAUUCACUGAAUUCGCUGAACAACUAUUGGAAUCGAAUCUUGUUGUUCUCCCUGGAUCCAGAGCACGCCGUCAAGCUGAAGCAUCUGGCAUUACCACAAAAUCGAUCAUCAUGGGCCACAUCGUACCCGAACUCAUUGCCAUUGAAGAUAUUGAAAACGAACAAUUGCUGGUCACUGCUUAUGACAACACCACAAUUCGUAUGAACAUCUUCCCACGUCCACCAGGCAGCCGCAAAUCAGACGAUAGCCCAUAUCGUUACACCGCAAACUGUGCUCCACUCUCCAAAGUUGACCAAGAAGCUGAAAAUGGAAUCAUUCAUGUGGUUGAUCGUGUUUUAAUUCCAGUCACAAAAUCACUCAUGGAAUUGGUGCGUGAACGCAACGAUAUGGCUGUUUUGCAAACAGUUUUGGACAAAACCGAUUUGGCAAAACAAUUGGAAAACAAAGAAAAGCAAUUUACAUUGUUUGCUCCCACCGAUAAAGCUUUCGAAAAACUAGAUCCAAACGUUCGACGAACGAUUAAGGAAGGCAAAGGAUGUGCAUUGAAUAUUUUGAAGAAUCACAUUUUGGACAUGACAUUCUGUUCGGUUGCUGUUGUUGAGGGUGCUAAGACCAGUGCCGUUAAUACCAUGGGCGAGAGAAUGAAUUUGGAGCGUGUUGCCGUACCAAAAGCAACAUCCGAUUCACCAUCCGAGGCUGAAGAUUUGGUUGGAGAAGGUGGUGCAGCCAAUUCAAUUUUGAUCAAUGGCAAAUCCGAAAUUGUCGAAAGCGAUAUCAUGGCUACAAAUGGUGUGAUGCACGUUGUCAGCUCUAUGUUGGAAACUGAUUCAUCAUUGCCACUCACCUCAAUGCUUGAAUCACGUAAUUUGACUCUUUUCAAGACAUUGCUCGAAUUGAACGGUAUCGAUGAACUCGUUAACUCAUAUGAAAAUGUGUCGGUGUUCGCACCUACUGAUUCUGCUUUGGAAUCAAGCGAAUGGGUGAAGAAAAUCGAAUCAGAUCCAGAUUCAUUGAAAGGAAAUGAAGAACUCACCAAAUUCUUGCAAUAUCACAUCGCCAAACCAUUGAUCAAGACCUGCGACUUGACUGAACGCACAUUGGAUACCGAAACUGGUGAUAAAGUUCGCGUGAAUUUGUACUCAACGCAUAGCCUAUUCAGCAACGUAUUCAACCGAGCUACUAUUAACUGUGCCCGAUUGGUGCAUUUCGAUGACGACAGCUGUGGAUCAGUGUUGCAUCAAGUUGACCGUCCGUUGGAGCCACCAAGUCGCAAUCUGUUGGAAACGCUCAAGGCAAACGAUCAAUACAGCAUGUUCGUUGAAUUGAUCGAAUCGGCCAAUCUGACAUCGUUGUUGGAAAAUGAAAACGGUUCAUUGACGGUUCUCGUGCCCAAGAAUGACGUUUUUACCGAAGUCAAGGACUAUUUCGAAGAGCUCAGCAACGAUGGCAAUUCGAAGAAAUUGGAAAAUCUGGUCAAAUCACAUAUAAUCGAUGAUGUGCUUUGCUGCGCUGGAAUCGUUCCAUCUGAGUGGCCAUUCGUUCGUCUUGUCAAGACCAUCAACGAUGUUGACUUGAAAUUGAACCGCGACAGACGACCAAAAAUCCAGAAUGCUGGCGUCACCAAGUGCGAUAUCAUGGCAAAGAAUGGUAUCAUCCAUGAAAUUAACGAUGUGAUCAAUCCAAAACAACUUCAACGUAAUAACGUCAGACGAACCGAAAGUGAUAGCGAGAGCGAUGAAACUCCAUACUUACCGAUCAUCCCAAAGAGACCAUUCCAUGACUUCUUUGCUUUCCGUUAAAUGCAAACUGAUUAACGCACACAGCAACUACUGACAAUAAAUAUAAUUACUCAAAAAUAUUUAUGGUAAAAUGCAGCCUACAGUUAAGGGAACAUUUGAUACAUCUUCAUAAGAAGUAACGUAAAUUAAUAAAGACAAUCUCAAUAGAGUAAAGGAAAUUAAAACGAAUAAAA